AUGUUACUUUUUUGUGAAAUCGAAAAUCCGUUAGCAUUAUGGGAACAAUUUAAAUAUCAUUUAUCCGAAGAUUAUAUACGACGCUUAAAUAAUAAUGAACUAGCCUACAACUAUGCUUUGGCUUACAUCAAUCGAUAUCUAACACUACAAGGCAAAUCAAAUAGAGACUUUCAACUACCCUUACCCACUGAACCAGUAGAACACCUAAUCGAAGAUGAAUACAAUUAUGACCAAGCAGACGAACAACAAAUUGCUAAUAGGAACAUUCCUCUGUUAAACCAAGAACAACGCCUUAUUUUUAACGACAUACUUUUGGCCCUAAACGAAAACGAAAGGGUUCCACAUCGUCUAUUUUUUAUUAACGGAAUUGGAGGUGCAGGAAAAACAUUUCUGUUGAAUACACUACUGGCUUACUUACUAGGAAAUAAUCACCGUUAUAUUGCUAUGUGUUAUACUGGCAUCGCAGCCAGCUUAUUGAAAAAUGGCCAAACGAUUCAUUCUUCUUUUAUGUUACCGGUUCCAUUUCUAGAAAAUUCAACGUCGAGGAUUCGCAAUCAGAGUACGAUUGCUGAUAAUAUUAGAUAUUCAAAAAUUAUUGUCAUUGAUGAAAUAUCUAUGGUACAUAAAAGUAUAUUCAAUGAGAUAGAUAGAAAGACAAGAGAAAUAAUGAACAAUGACAUUCCAUUUGGCGGCAAGAUUAUCAUAAUUCUAGGUGAUUUCAGGCAAUGCGCACCUAUCGUUCCGUUGGCAGGCAAAAAUGAAACUAUUUCUGCAUCAGUGAAAUGUUCCCAACUAUGGCAAUACUUUGUUCAGUACGAUCUUGUUACGAACGUUAGAGCAUUGCCACAAGAAAACGAAUUCAAAGAUUGGCUGAUGACCAUAGGAAAUAAUUCCGAAAUUUUACGUCGCUUAGAAAAUAGCAGAGACACUAUAGUUAAAAUUCCUAAUCGUAUCAUUGUAGAAGAUGUUACUGAAAGCAUAUACGGUAGUAAUUUAACUGAACACGAUUUCACAUUAUUACAAAAAGCGAUUUUGUCUCCACUAAACAUUCAUGUCAAGGAUAUCAAUUCAGUUGUUUUAGAAAAACUGCCAGGUAGGUCACGGCAAUACCUAAGUGUCGAUAGUAUUAUCCGAGAAGACGAUACAACCGAAAAUGCUGCUGAUGAUUUAGAUUCCGCAUGGCCGCAAGACUUUUUAAAUUCUUUGGAUGCUCCAGGACUUCCUCCCCACAUACUUACACUAAAGAUUGGCGCAGUUAUCAUUUUAACGAAGAAUUUAGAUGUGAAGAGAGGCUUAUGUAACGGCACACGUUUAUUGAUUCAUAAUUUACACGAAAAUUUUAUAGAAGCGAAACGAGUGGAAGAAUCUAAUAAUGAACCUUCGAUCGAAUUUAUUUCCAGAGUUGAUAAUAUCGCUCUAAAUUCUCUUGAUCUACCAGUCAACUUGAAAAGGAGACAAUUCCCUGUACGUCUGGCUUUUGCAAUGACAAUUAAUAAAAGUCAAGGUCAAACUUUGAACAGUGUCGGCUUAUUUUUACCAGUAACAGUAUUUGAUCACGGACAACUGUAUGUUGCACUAUCAAGAGCAAGAAGUUUUGAAAACCUCAAGAUUCAAAUGAUAAAUAUAGGUGACCGUCAACAUGUAGCUGAAACUCCAAAUAAUCACUCUUACACUGUUAACGUAGUAUAUAAUGAGCUAUUGCAAAGCAGCAUAAUCCAGUAA